AUUUCUACAAAUUUCUUCGUCCCUGUUGUUCCCACCUGUGCGUGAGUUUCCACUACAAUCAUCAGACACUGUUCACAAUAAUCACCGUUACUGCGAAUCUUUCUACUCAAGCUUCAGAAAAGUGCUUCUCAGAUUCGUUGCUUUCACCAUGGAGGAACAAAUCCCGUUUAAGAAUCUCCAUAGCCGAGAGUAUUCGGGUCACAAGAAGAAGGUGCACUCUGUGGCGUGGAAUUGCAUUGGCACAAAACUUGCUUCUGGCUCUGUGGACCAAACUGCGCGAAUAUGGCAUAUUGAACCACAUGGGCAUGGCAAGGUCAAAGAUAUCGAACUGAAAGGUCACACUGAUAGUGUGGAUCAGCUAUGCUGGGACCCCAAACAUGCUGAUUUGAUUGCAACUGCAUCAGGUGACAAGACUGUUCGCUUGUGGGAUGCUCGAAGUGGAAAAUGCUCACAACAGGCAGAACUUAGUGGGGAGAAUAUCAACAUCACUUACAAACCUGAUGGGACUCAUGUAGCUGUUGGUAACAGGGAUGAUGAAUUAACAAUACUGGAUGUUCGGAAGUUCAAACCAAUUCACAGGCGCAAGUUCAAUUAUGAGGUAAAUGAGAUUGCUUGGAACAUGACAGGGGAGAUGUUCUUUCUAACAACAGGAAAUGGGACUGUGGAAGUACUGUCUUACCCAUCUCUUCGGCCUCUUGACACUCUCAUGGCUCAUACAGCUGGUUGUUAUUGCAUUGCAAUUGACCCAGUAGGAAGAUAUUUUGCUGUUGGAAGUGCUGAUUCCCUUGUCAGCCUGUGGAACAUCUCAGAGAUGCUCUGUGUGCGUACCUUCACAAAGCUGGAGUGGCCUGUCCGGACAAUUGGCUUCAAUUAUACUGGGCAUUUAAUUGCUUCUGCAAGUGAAGACUUGUUCAUUGAUAUAUCCAAUGUUCAAACUGGAAGAACAGUACAUCAAAUUCCUUGUAGAGCCGCUAUGAACAGUGUUGAGUGGAAUCCUAAGUACAACUUACUUGCAUAUGCUGGUGAUGACAAAAACAAGUAUCAGGCUGAUGAAGGUGUUUUUCGCAUUUUUGGUUUUGAAAAUGCCUAGGAUUUGUUAAAGGCAUAUUUUUAUUGGUAUUUGAGCAUGCAAAGAAAGGGAAAUGGACAAAUGGAUUUUUAUGAAUGGAUUGGAUUUUUAGACCAAGGCAUAUGAAUGUUGGAAAAAGGAAUUUUGUUUUUCA